AGCAGCACAGCACGCACGGGUGACGUUAUACGUACAGACGACGUUGUCUCUAUGGCUGCGAAGGACGCGAAGAUCAUCCAUUACCAUUUAAAAGACUACGCCGUGCAGAGAAGACUGCAUCAUGUAUCACAAGGAGAAGAGCAUCCAGAUCAAAAACAGCGCCUCGUCGCUUUACAACAACCUGAGCGUGCAGCGCAUCGCCCCGCGGCGCCUCACCUACUUCACCGUGGUUCACGCUAAUGUGGUGAACAUGGUCAGCGCCUCCUGGGACGGCCUCAACUACUCUCAUCGUCAGCUUCAGUCGAAGGAGCCCAACGUCGCCACAAGUACAUCUCUCAUCAUGCAGGCUGCAUUUUGUGUUUUGCCCUCUCGUGACCUGCUUGUGGUGACCUCUCAGAAAGGCAUCCAGAUGUAUGAAUCUGAUGGCUCUAUCAUGGUGUACUGGCAUGCAUUGGAUACUCCGGAAACACCUACAGCUCAAGCCGUGUUUGCUCGAGGGAUUUCCGCAGUGUGGCAGAAUUAUAUAUGUGUUGGUGUUUCCUCUGGAUCCAUCCUAGUAUUUGAUGUUCCCAGUAAAGGCAGUAAUAUCACACUGUCUGAGGUGCUAGAAGAACAUAAGGAGCCCAUCACAGACUUGGCCUCAGAGUGUUCUGGCAGCCAGGAGUGUAUAGCUGAUCUGGUCAGUGCAGAUGAUGGGGGCAGUCUGUGUGUGUGGAAGUCUGGGGAGGAAUUUCAGCUGCUUAAUAAGAUUGCUGGUUUUGAUAUGACAUGUUCAUCAGUCAAGCUGUGGAAAGGUACAGUGGUGGCAGGUUAUGGUUCAGGCCAGAUCCGUAUUUAUGAGGCUGUGACAGGAAUUCUGCAUGCAGAAAUCAAUGCCCAUGCUCGCUGGAUAUAUUCGCUGGACAUUGCACCUUUUUCAGGGCUACUCCUUUCUGCAGCUGAGGACUCUCUGGUCAGGGUGUGGCACCUGACACUGACCCCAGAGACCAACAGUGUGGAGGUUGCACAUUUGCACAAUGAGUGUGUGACAGACACACAGAUCUGCGGGGCCAAGUUCUGUGACGGUGAUGGUUAUGCCUUUGCAGUGACGGGAUAUGAUCUGAGUGAGAUUAUUCGUUACACACAGACAUAGGAUUUUAAUCUCAUUGAGGAAAAGUGUAUUACAGUUUUUCACAAUUGCUAAAACACGUUUUCCCAUUCCCCAAACCAAAUGGCCAGUUAGUUAAAACAAUUUAUCCAAUCAGCCGCCCUGUUGCCAAACCUGAAACACUUUUCCUAGUUAGACACAAUUUGCAAAACCCAUUUUUUUUUCCAAACUUAUAAACACAAUGUCACUCUCUAAAACACAAUUUGCAUUGUAAUGUGCUUGUGAUGCAGAAUAGUAACCACUGGUGGCAGGAGUUAGGCACAAUUAAAGCACAGUUGUCACCUUUUAAACACAGCCGGUCAAAACUGAAAACACUUGUCUCUGAUGAUGUGGGACCAAAUUACACCAGUUCAGAGAGCAAAAGUGAAUUAUCUGAGUAGGAGGAGUUUAUGUAAGAGGAUUACGAGGAAGAAGCUGAAGAUGGAGAGGAAGACCAACACCAAGAACAGACAUUUCAAGGGAUGCAUGAUAUAUAGUAUGAUAUUGACAGCAGAUAUGUUGGCUCUAAAUUUGCCUAUAUCAGCUGUAAAUAUUGGCCAUACCAGUAAGUAUGUUAGUGGAAUUUUAGUUUGGACCAACAAGACCAACACCAGCUGAAGCCUUUCUUCAUUCAUCAUCAUUCAUUACACUUUAAAGUGGAUUUUUUGAUUUAUUCAUCCUCAGACUUUAAAUUUUGGGUUUCAAGGACUGUAGAUUUGGGACCGACUACAUUUAGAUAUCUGUAUCAGCUAAAAUAAUUUUGUUAAUAUUGGCAUAUUAGAUAUCAGCAAAAAUCCAAUAUUGUGCAUCUCUAGAUAUUUUAGAUGAAAUUCAAUUAAGAGUGAUCAACAAAGUUCUUUCUCAUGGAGUGAAAACUAUCAGAUAUGUAAACUCUGACUGAGUUGUAAAUAUUUCUCAAGAGAAAACAACAAACAAAACCAGAAGAAGAAAACAUGACUCUCACACACCACUGUCUGCUCUUCUAAUUCCAACAGUAUCCCAACAUUUUUGGUACUCAGCCCUUGAGUGUUGUUUGCUAUGAUUAAUCAACCUAAUGAAGGCCUGAGUAAUGUUGAGUUUUGAAACGAUGCAGAAAAUCUCUUCUGUAUUAUAUCAUCUGUUUUAAUUACCAACUAUUUUCUGUCUUAUCACUGACUAAAAAAAAUAACUUUUCCCAUUGACUUCAGUGUUUUCUGUUUUGCUUUAGUGUCUGACUUUUGACUGCAGUGUCUUCAAUGUGAGAACAAAGUUUGAUUCUGAGUGCAGUAAGGACUGUUUUGAUGAGAUGAUUGUGUGAUUUUGACAGAUUAAGACACAGAUUAAGAAGUUUUGUGAAAAUAGCUUAAAAAAAACUGGUAUUUGUGUUCAAUGUUUUGAGAAAAGGUAGGAAGAGUUUGAGAAAAGUAUCCUUGCAAUUGUGAAAAACUAUAAUGGUUUGAUGGAUAUCUGAAAGUAUAAGAUGACCAAAAGAGGGGAGUCAAAAACCACCUAGUCAUGAUAAAGUUAGGAAGAUGUAAGGAUGGAGGAAUGUUUUUAAAAAUGAGCAUUGUUUAAAGACAUGUCUGUUAUUAUAUAUGUAAGGACAUUAGCAUUAAAGAAAUAAUGCAGAAAUAAUGUGUAACAGUUUCUAUAAAUAUUUUAUGUACAAAGAUUUUCAUGUUUGUGGAUGUAACUCUAAAAAUAAAGUAUUCUAUUUUGCUUUCUGA